AAACAAUUCCCAAUCAUUAUUCAUCACCAAACCAACAAAAAAUGGCAUCAACUUCUGCACUACUCCUCUCUUCUUCUUCUUCUUCCCCCGUCUUCAACCCGUUUUCGAGUUCUUCAUCAAAAGCAGGAACCCUAAUUCGACCGAGGUCUAGAAUUGUUGCAUCGAGUAGAAAAGAAGCGCACGAUCACCACCAGAACUACAGCAGCAGGCUGGUGGAUGAGAACAUGAUCGUUCUGAGAAAGAGAAUCCACGAGAUGAAGAUGGUGGAGAGGAACUACGAGCCUCCGGCGGAGUGGAUGGACUGGGAGAAGAGGUACUACACCAGCUACGACUCGAUCAUAUGCCAAGCCAUGGGUCUGUUGCAGUCGCAGUUAAUGAACACCAGGCCGAGCUUGGCUCUCGCAUUCAUGGCUUUGAUCGUUUUUAGUGUUCCGGCCUCGACGUUCAUGGUGUUCUCCCAUUUGCUGGAGAUCACGAAAGGGGCCUUGACCGGUGGUUUUGGUUUAUGAGAGAAACAUUUUAGCAACUCUUAGAUUUGUUUGUAGGAGGACUGUAGGGUGUUUGUAAAUCCUUUAUCUAUUGCCACUAGCUUAAAAAAUUUCCCAUUAGCGGAUUCUGAAAGAAAUUACCAUAUGUUAAAGUUACGGUUAUGUUUCGUAUUUUUUUUUUUCACUCUUACGUGAAGCUUUGGACCAGCCUUUAUAUGAGAAAUCUGUUCCAUCAUAUAACAUGGCCUGGUCCAUACUAUUGACAUAUUGUCCGUUUUGA